AUGAGCACAGACGCGUCGUUCUCUAUUUAAUACAUGACAAAAGGCGCAAUACACAAUAGGUUAUGGGCCCAGAUCACCGAAAGAUCGGGCGUGUAUUAAAGACAAUUAAAAAACCGUGGUAGAACUGGAAGUUAAUAUUUUGUUUGAUGCAAUUGCAAAUAAAUCGUGCACCAGUUAGAAAGUGGCGUGUAGCAAUUAAAACAAAAUGAGUGUGUCUCUGCAAAUUGAAAAAUUGGGGGAAGACAAUUACGAUGUGUGGUCUAUGUCCAUGCGUAGUGUAUUGAUCACAACGGAUUUGUGGACAUAUGUAAGUGGUAAUACCGAAAGGCCACAGGAGGAAGCAGCAGGAACACAGGAACACUUGGCACAGUGGGACAAGGCUGAUCAAAAGGCGUUGGCAUGUAUUAUAUUAAAUGUAAAAGCAACGCAGUUGAUGCACAUAAAGUCGUGCACAACGUCGAAGCAGGCGUGGCAAAAAUUACGCGAUGUACAUGUGUCAGUGGGACCAGUGCGAAAGGUACAGUUAUACCAAAAACUUUUGCGGCAAAAUAUGCAAAACGGUGAUAACGUGGUACAAUAUGUAAAUUCUUUCGUGGAAAUUACUGAAAAGUUAGCCGAGCUAAAUAUCGACAUUCAAGACGAGCUAAAAGUAAUAAUGUUGUUGUCGAGCUUGCCCAGCGGUUGGGAAAAUUUCGUCGUGGCGAUAGAAACACGCGACAGUCUGCCGCCGUUCGAAACGGUAAAAGUAAAAAUACUUGAAGAAGGAGCACGUAAAGACGAAAGAGACGAUCGUGAGCUUGCUGUACAGGCAGUGUACGCACACACACAGACUCAAAGAAACGGUGCGCGUUCGAAGAAUUACGGCGCCAGUCGAAAAGACAGCAAACGAGACGGCCAGAAAUCCAACGAGCAUCGCGAGUUUCGAGGAAAAUGCUACAAAUGUAAACAAAGCGUCGUUUCGUGUGUGUUAAUUGUAAAUUUUUUUGGAAAAUCUAUUCGAAAUGUAUUGCGGGGCUGACGAUCACGCCUCGAAUAAUAUGGACGAGGUCCAGCUGGAUAGACCGACAGUGCCCUCGAAUGAGGCAGCCCCGAAACGUGCUUUUCUGGGCGCUCUACAGAACUGCGGGGACAUCGUGAAGCCAUCGACAAUCAUUCGGCCCGCCAUCAAAGACAUCGACGCCAAGGACGGGGGGCGCCUCGUGCUCGUCUCGGAGUAUGCCAACGAAAUCCACGACCAUCUGUACAAGCUGGAGGCCGAGCAGCCGAUCCGCAACAACCACCUGGCCGGCCAUAGCGAAAUCGACCACAAGAUGCGUGCCAUUCUGAUCGACUCGAUCAACCAGAUGCAUUGGGGGUUCCAGUUUAAGGCCGAAACCUUCCAGCUGACCGUGGCCAUCAUCGAUCGCUAUCUGCAGGCGGUCCAGAACACGGAGCGCGACAACCUGCAGCUGGUGGGCGUGACGGCCCUCAUCAUUGCCGCCAAAUACGAGGAGACGGUCCAGAAAAACAUUAACCACUUUGUCUCCAUCACCGAUGAAACCUACUCGGCCAGUGAGAUCCGCGCGAUGGAGCUGCAGAUCCUCCGGGCCAUCGAUUACAAUUUGUCGCGUCCGCUGCCGAUUAAUUUCCUGCGGCGCUUCACGAAGGCCGCUGGGGCCCAACGUGAGCACCACAUCAUGUCCAAGUAUUUUGUGGAAUUGGCUUCACUUGACUACGAUUUGGCCAGUCGCAAGCCAUCAGAGAUUGCUGCUGCUGCUCUGUUCCUGUCGCUGCACUUGCUCAAUGGCAACCACCUCGCCGGCACUGGCUUCAACGACCAGCUCUGGACACCGACUCUGGCUCACUACUCCCGCUACACGGCCGCCCACCUGCGGCCCAUCACGCGGCAGAUCGCCAAGUUGGCGCGCGAGGCACCGCAGGCGGAGCUGCAGGCCCUCCACAAAAAACACCAAGGCUUGCAGUUCUUUGAGAUCGCAAACAGGCCCGAGCUGAGCGGCCCCCUGAUUAACUCCAUUGUGGGCCAAAACAACUAAUUUUGUGACUCCCCAAAUGUUUAAAUUUUGAUUUUUUCUUAGUUUUAAUUUCAAAUUUUUGACGUUAUUGAUUGUUACUUGUUUUAUAUUUUGUAUUCGAGUUUAAGUUUUUUUUGGAACUGGUUCAUUCGUUCAAUGCUUUAAGAUCAAAUAUAUUAUAACAUCAAAAUAUAGAA